GUCAUCCCUAAGAAGAAGAGCCCAACUGUGGGUUUGGGGGCCCUGCAUGCCCCUGGCUCCGUCAUACAGAAGGAAAAUGACAAGAAGAUCCUGGAACUCAUCUCCAACAUCAUCCAGCUGCUGACUGGAGAGGAAUGGGGAUGUAUAAAAAGAAACACAAUCUUUCACAGUGACGUGAUAAAAGAGAAUCCCCAGCAACACUACUCAGCAGAUUGUGAAUAUGAAGACAAGGCCGACGUAAGCAUCAGUCUGAAAGCAAUGGCUCGUUUCGAUAAUGAGCCAAACACUAGGAUGGAUAAAGGAGCAACUUUGUGUGAAGCUGGAAAUCUCCCAAAGUCAGAAUUCCCUCCAGCGGAACAGCCCCCACUAGCAAACAGAAUAAAGGAGGAGUCUGGAUCGUGCAAAGGAGAAAACCGCUCAGACUGCAGUGUGAAUCCCCUUACAGAACAGAUACAGGGAACAGAUAAAUCUCCCCCUAUCAUGGGGUGCAGCCUGAAUAACAGCUCGGCAGAGGAUUAUCUAUUAAAAACUAUUAAAGAGGAGCCGGAUUCGUGUGAAGAAGAGAAACUUUCCGAUUACAAAAUUGUUACUGUUUCAGAGCCAGUAUUGGAAGAUCCCAAUCCGGAUACUUUCUGCAGCCUCAAUAACAGCUCAUCCCCUAAUUUCAUGCCAAAUGCUAUUAAAGAGGAGCCCUAUGAUGAAGAACAUUUUUCCGACUACAGAAUUAUCACAGUUACCGACCCCGCGCAGGUAGCAGAUGCCUCUCCCCACAGCACGGAAGGCAGCGAGUACGACAACAGUAUGGCGGCAUGCACGUCUCAGCUAAGCAAAGGUGCUCUGAGUGUAAUGUUCAACUGUGAGGUGUGCCACACAGCCUUCAACAAUAAAAGCAACCUCGUCCGGCAUCAGAGAAUUCACACCGGAGAAAAACCAUUUUCUUGCUCCGACUGCGGAAAGUGUUUUACGCAGCGCGCAGACCUUAAUGUGCACCGAAGAACCCACACAGGGGAGAAACCGUUCACCUGUUCUGUUUGUGGGAAAGGUUUCACCCGUCGCACACAACUGAACAUCCAUAACAGAAUCCACACAGGGGAGAAACCGUUCUCCUGCUCCGAGUGUGGGAAAUGUUUCCGGCAAAGCUCGCAGCUCUUUCUGCAUCGGAGAAAUCACACAGGAGAGAAACCGUUUUCCUGCUCCGAGUGCGGGAAGUGCUUUAAAUGGCGCUCGCUUCUCAUCAAGCAUCACAAGACUCACACCGGAGACAAAUCCUUUACUUGCGCCGACUGCGGCAAGUGUUUUAAGAAGUUCUCGCGGCUCACCGAGCACCGUAAGUGCCACACGGGUGAAGAGCCAUUUGUUUGUUCCGAAUGCGGGAAAUCUUUUGCACAGAGCCCACAGCUGGAGUUGCACAUGAGGAUUCACUCGGGGGAGAAGGAGUUUGCUUGUUCCGACUGCGGGAAGUGCUUCAAGCGCAUUUCGCUGCUUAGUGAGCACAUGAGAAUCCACACCGGAGAGAACACCUUCACUUGCCCCGAAUGCGGCAAAUGUUUUACGCAGCACUCACACCUUCUUGCUCAUCAAAAGGGCCACAUGGGCAAGAAGCCAUUCUGCUGUUCUGAAUGUGGCAAGCGCUUUAGGCAGAGUGCUCAGCUGUUCCUGCACCAGAAGGCCCACGCCGGAGAGAAACCAUUCACUUGCGCCGAAUGCGGCCAAUGGUUCAAGCUCUACUCCAUCCUCGUGGAACAUCAAAAGUCUCACACGGGGGAGAAGCCCUUCUCUUGUUCCGAAUGCGGGAAGUGCUUUAAGCGCCAUACACUCCUCACUGAGCACCAGAGGAUUCACACUGGCGAGAACACGUUCUCCUGUUCCGUAUGCAGCAAGUGUUUCACGCGUCACUCCCACCUCACCGCUCAUGAAAAGAUUCACCUGAUCAACAAACCCUUUCCUUUCUUCAAUCUGUAAAGCAAAACCGGCUGGCCUUAACGCGGAUUUCUCGAGGCAAAAUAAAAGGUUUCUGGUGCCCAAAGUAGGAAAUGUUUCAUUCUGUGAUUAUCCCAUUAGGAGUAAACAUGGCAGCACGGACUGGGUGCAAGAAUCUCAUACCAACAGAGACAGUAUUGAUCACUACAGUACGGACACUUACGGUUACGACAGUGACACUAUAAGGAACUGAGAUCACUAAAGGACUCAUGUUACUCAUGAAACAAGUCAUUAAGAUUGAUCAGCACAACGUCUGUGAUGGGCUCGGAGCUAUCACUGUGCCUUGCAGUCCCCCAGGGCUGGGGAAUGACACCGAUUCACUAAGGAGGCAGCAGUAAGGGAAGCAUUGGCCGGGGCGCAGGAUGUACAAUGACAAUGUAGUUAAAUCUAUCACUAGGCCGGAUUUACUGGAUCUAAAACAGAAUGUGAGGUCACAUGGGAUAUAAAGCAUCGACCCCCAUUAAGAUAGCGAUUCCAUUAGAUUUCCUGCUGUGUGACACAGAGCGCCGGCUGCUGCUUUCCAUCCCACCCCCCGGUGUUGGCUGUAUUUUAGCUUUAGAGAUAUUUAUGGAAGUAGGAAAUUCUGUGUGAUAAAAUCUGCCGUCUUCCUUCUCCCGUAUCACCUUCUACCCACCCCCCCCUCCUUUGCCAUUACUCCUGCUACCCCCGGCCAUUCACAUGCGUGCAAGGGCAGAUACAUCUAAUCAAAGAAGCCUUUUCCCAAAAUGUAUUGGCUCCUUGCCCCUAGAGUUUGCCCUAUGAUACAAGGAAGCUUUUAUGGACAGGGCCAAUGUUUUGCUUUGAUUCUUUGUUGCAUUUGUAUCCUCGCCCCCCCCCCCCCCCCCCCGCCAGUGGUUUUUACAGCUGCAUUAUAAACAUUGCAGGUUUUUUUUAACUGGUAUGAGCACCCACUCACAAGGUCCCUGGGAUCACAAUGGUUAAUUUUGUAUAAUUUUUAGCUGUAUUGGACAUUAAAGGAACAGUUUAUGGUAACAAUAAUAGUGGGCAAAUAGAGAGGCUGGUUCCAAUAGAGGCAGUGGCCAAUCCUAUAAUCUAUACAGAAGGCUGGUGAAAGUGCAUGUCUAACAUUCCUUAUAGAUUGUAAGCACUUUUGGGCAGGAUCCCCUUUACCUCUUGUAUCAAUUAUUGAUUGCUUUGUAUGUAAUUCUGUAUGUCCAGUGUAUAAACCCACUUAUUGUACUGCGCUGCGGGAUAGGUUGAUGCUUUUUAAAUACAUGUUGUUAAUAUAAUAUCAUAGACACAACCCAACUUCUUCCUUUAUGUCUCUCUAAACUGUAUCUUUCUUACCUGUUGGUCAGUGGCUGGAUGGGGGGCCCCAUGGGACAGAACUAUUCAUUUAGUUUGCUUUUUUAUCCUGACCUGUGUGCUUAGAAACUGAACCGUUCUGUCCCAUCGAGUAACAGGUUAGAGAGAUGCAAAGCAGGAAGUCGGGUUGUUGCUAUGACAUUAGACAUCCCCUCCAGCCUUUAUAGAUGACAUUUUUGGCUAAGUCUACUGGAACCAGUUGUUAUUGUGCCUCUCUAUUUACCCACUUUUAACCCUGAACUGUUCCUUUAUCAUUGGUCCUCCUGUUAGGGUGUCAUGGUUGCAAUUCAGCUUCUAUUUAGGCACAUCUCUGGGUGUAUAUACCUCUCUGCUCUGUGUAUUGUAGUGUAAGCUCUGUUGGUGACUUUGCCUUCUGUGUGCGACCUGUGUGCCUCCUUCCGUGUGCAAGCUUGGUGUAUUAACUCUGUAUCUGCCUUUAACGCCCAGGAGUCCCAUUCUGAGUACCCUGGCUGUCAGCCUAUUGAGUCUAUUAUCUGAAUGUAAGCUGUGUGCACCCCUUUGCCUUCUGGGGGCGUCUCGGCGCUCCUGCACUCGUAUUGUUCUUGCUGCGUGAGUGCAAGCUGUGCUGGGCGUAACCACAGAUUCAGAAAAGUCCCCCCUGGCUUCACUGUAAAUCCCUGAUGUACCUUUUGGUGUUUAUUCUUAGGAUAUUAACUGUGUUCCUAUAUAACUAGAUGUUAGCGAUUCUCUAGGGUGCAAAAACCAUCAUGACUGGUGGGCAUAUCCGGCACCACGUACAUAAAUACGUUUGUGCUUGUUGGUACCACUUUGUUAUCUUCUGCCUCUUACGGGAAAUGGAUACCGAUGCUUUUAGGGUCACUGUUCCCCUAUAUUUAUAUUGCAGAUAGUCGUCCCGCUUCGGCUCCCGUUAGCAGAGGAGCACGGGUGUCGCUUAGUCUCCUCGUAUCACGGGGUUCUAGAUCCAUCACUGCUGGAACUCGGAACAUCUGUAGCACUGACAAAACUGAAGCGUUUUAUUGGGGUGGGGAGGGGACCAUUAACUGUAAAAGUGUCAACGUCUCUAUAAACCCUUUCUUUCCAGGAGCCCCUAUAAAACAUCCGAGUAGCUAGGCAACACGGUUCAUUUGCAUGAAAUGGGCGAAAUGUGACUAGUCGCCUUUAACUUCCCAGCGCCACAUCCGUUGGCAGGGGAUGUACGGUCUGACUUUACCUCAAAACACACCACUUAGUAACAGAGUCAGGCCCAGUAGCAGCUUCACCUGCCUACCUCUAGUUCUGCCCCUGCUUAGUAAAACCCAUUACUGACCAAAAUCAACAACCAAUGGGAAGUGGCCUGCCUAUAGCCCCCAGGGAGUAGAGGGUCUCUGAUGUUGCUUAUAGAAAACCAAAGUAAAGCACCUGAUUGGCUGCUAACUGUUGAAAUCUCACUGCUGAUUGGUUGCCCUGGCAAACAUCACUGGUAAUGGUUUGCUCCACUUUUUACACAGCAUUAUAAAUAUUCCCCUUAGGGUGAGAUUUGGGGAGAAUGCACUUAUAGAUACAUCUAUAGCACAUCUUAAAAGUAAAUUAGGGUGAGUUCUUAUUUCAAGGUGAGAUUAAACCAACUGAAAUGGCUUUAUUCAAGGGAUAGUAAUACAGUCGGCACUUCCUAGACAACCCAUUUCAUGUAAGAAGGCAGCAGAUAGCAGACUGGGAAACUUCCGGAGAUUGUCCUGGAAUUAGCGGCUAAAAUCUUCACUUUUUAUGAAAGUAUUAAAAUGUGUGGAAUGAUAUCGUUGCUGUGGGGUAUGGGUGUGACUCCCGUGACUAUACACAGGUAUUUUGUGUGUUAUGUGAUUAUUCAAGAUGAUGUCCUGUAAAAAUAACAUUUCAGAAAAAAAAAAACGUACGAAAAACCCGUUUUAAAAAAUGUCUGCUUGAUGAGGCGCUCUGCCAAAUUGUUUUGUGUGUAGUUUUAUUGCUGUGUUGCCUAGACAUAUACACUAAGGAUUAAAGGGACAGUCUGCUGUCCAGUUCUUUAGGAACCAACAAAAGCUUUGUUUUUUCUUUCUGAUAGUGCCUAGUUCAGAAAAUAUACAACCAGUAAUCCGAGGUAUCGCCCAAGUCUAAGUCCACAGCGGUCAAUAAAACUAGGUCCAUUUGCAUGAGU